AUGUGGCAACCCGGUAAGUCCAAGGCUAAGGAAUCUGAUAAGGCCGAGGUUAAAAAGGAACAACGACCUAACACGUUUGCAAUCGAAGACCAGGAGAUGAUCCAAAGGCGGCGACAAAUCAACCAUGGCGUCAUGCUCGACAGGCGGCAAUAUGAAGCCUGGGAGCGUAUUCUACCAAAAGGUGUUGUUCUCGUGUUCCAGAUGGUUAGCGACGGGCUAACGCAAACACGCAGCAACGGCGACGACCGGGGAAGCUACGACAAGCUGGAGCUUGGGGACCUCUCCAACACACACCUUCUCUCCGCCACCGCCUACGAUCCGUACCGAGGGUCGAGCCGCGCCUCAAAAGCGCGGUCCAUCUCGUCAUUGUCAGCCGCAAGCGACUGGACACUCAAAUCAAAAGGCAAAGCUUUCCUCGACCGCGCCAGAAGCACGUUUGGCAUCUCGAAAAAUGUGUCGCGCAAUGAGCGAGAGAACACGCGACCAGGCCACGGCCUUUGGAGCGAGCUCAUGCUCGUCGACCGCACGCUGCGAGGCAUGGCUGCGCUCACGAGCACCUUCGCCGUCGUCAUGAUUGUCAUUUGCGUCGUUUACGCCAAGGACUUCACCAAGCACAUGGAGAGUCUGCCCAACUCGACGUCAGUGACGAUUUCUUCGGGCAGCGACUCGGAUCGCAAGGCCGAGGCGUACAAGUUCCUCAUCAACGUCGCGGCAACCAUGAUCCUGGGCAUGUCCAACACGUACCAGCAGCUUCUCACCGCCCUGACCGUCGACGACCUGAAGCACGCCCUCUACAAGUACGGCGACGCCCGAGUGGGGACGAAUUCGCCCUUCUCGAUCAAGCACAAGCGGGACGGACGCCUGCGCGCCUGGCUUGCGUGGAUUUUGCUGAUCUGUACGUCCAUGCCGGUGCAUCUUCUGGCAAACUCGGUCAUCGGCGUCUCAGACUACUACGGAGUGAGGUUGAACGUCCACUACCAUCCCGAGGACAAUGCCACUUCGAACUCCAGCUACAGCUUCGGCGGCUUCGACUGCUACUCUGCGUUGCGGACGGGCCAAGCGCGACUCGAUCCGACCAUGUGGGAGGAUGCGCUUCCCGGAUCGUCGUACGCCGACAACUACUACACUUCGGCCUCCCUGUGUCCCGCCAACCACUCGGACCCAAAUAACCCCUUUGACGCGUCCAAUUCCGAAGAGACGGUCUACACUGACAUCACCGUCUACUACGAGCCGGGGUCGGCGUGCAGCGACCUGGUCAAUCAGUCGGUGCCGCAUGAUGAAGUCUGGGACGAGUGGGAAAGCGGCGACUACUCCAACAACUACACGUACUUUGGGGGCUGUUCCGGACGCAACUUCACUUGCCACUACAGCGGCAACUCGACGGUCGAGGGUGGAGACCGGCAGGGGCACCAUGUGCGGCUGGUGUUGCGCAUGCAGGCUGCCAUCAUCCUCGCCGUCUGCAUCUCCAUCAAAGCCGCCUACAUGGUCGCCGUCAACGUGCGCAACCGCCACCAGAUCAAAACCCACUGCCUGACCUUCGGCGACGUCCUGGUGGCCUCCAACUUCGACGCCGACCUGCGCAUCCCCAGCGAGUCGAUGGUCAACGGCGGCGACUUCCACCGGCGUGCCGUGUCGCACACCUGCCACAAGCACUGCAAAUCCACCCAGCUGUCCGACACGGGCGAGGAGCUGGGCCACUGCCAGAAGUGCAAGAAGCACAACACGGUCAACAACUGCCCGGGCCUGCCGUGGCCGUCGCUGUCAACCAAGCGCAAGAAGUCGCUCAUCACCAACCUCGGCCAGACGGCCCUCACGCAGAUGCUGACGCUGAGCUUCUGCUCGGUGGGCAUGGUGGCCGCCUCCAUCUUCAUUGCCAUCAUCUUCACCUCGCAGUACGCCUACGCCGUGUGCGUGCGCUGGACCACGUAUAACGAGCAGUUCGCCGCGCCCCAGACCUUCGCCUCCAUGGCCGUCGACAGCCUGUGGGGCGAGAUUGCCGCCUUCCUCAUCUCCAACGGCGCCCAGCUGCUCUACUCGUGCCUGUACCUGCUGUUGAUCUACAACGUCACCCUCAUCUGCAUGGAGCACCAGUGGGGCAAGUUCGAAAAGGGCCGCCAGCGCCUGCGCUGCACCAUCGUCAAGAGCGAGCGCUUCGACGAGUCGUAUUUCCUGCAGCUCCCCAAGAAGAUCCUGUUUCCCAUCAUGGUCUACUCGGUCCUCAUGCACUGGCUGCUGGGUCUUGCCAUCCUCGCCAAGGAGGAGAUUGUCGACGACGGCUUCGUCAUAUACUCUCGCUACAACAUUGUAACCGUUCCCGACGGCGUCUGGGGCUCUUGCGCCCUCCUUCUUGCCAUGACCAGCGCCUGUUGGUGGGCUUACACGUACAGGCGCGAGGGCUUCAUACCGCAGAUGUUCGGCUCCAUCCGCGCCCUUUGCGCCUCCACCAGCAAUCUCAGCGAUUUCCCCAUGGAAGGAAUCCACUGGGGAGACUUGGGGACGAAUGAGACCAGCCAGUGGCGCCAUGCCGGUCUUUCCGAGGGUGAAGUCGGCGAGAUUGUGCCAAACGAGCUGUAUGCCUAA